GAAUCACCCUGAAGUGACAAUGCACCUGGGCAUUAAAGACAACAGUGUUUUCAACAAACUGUCGAAUUUCCAUGUGUGUCAGCCUGGACUGCCACCAUGUCUAGCACAUGACCUGUUUGAGGGAGUUGUUGAUUAUGAUUUAGCAAUGUAUCUGCAGUUUUUAAUUAAAAGACAAAAGUGGUUCAGUUACAAGUUACUAAAUGACAGACUCAAAUCAUUUUCUGGUGAAAGCAAUAACAAGCUAAAUGCUGUUCCCUGUAAUGGAACAAAGCUUGGAGGCCAUGCAGCCCAAAACAGGUGGCUGUUGAAAUUCUUGCCUAUUUUAGUGCAUGACAGAAUUGUGGAUGCUGACAAUGCUGUGUGGCAGCUGGUACUUCUUCUCAGGGAGUUGGUUGAAUUUGUCUGCGCACCUAGUCUUUCAGAGUCUCAGAUUGCUUACAUGAAGGUACUGAUCGAAGAGUAUGUGGAAAUGAGGCAAGAGUUAUUCCCACAUGUAAAUCUUAGACCAAAACAUCACUAUCUGCUUCACUAUGCUGACUUGAGUUUGCAGUUUGGUCCACUCAUACAUACAUGGACUAUGCGCUUUGAGAGUAAGCAUACUUAUUUUAAAAGAUGUAUUAGGUCAAGCAAAAACUUCAGAAAUGUGACUAAGUCACUUGCUGAUAGACAUCAGUUGUUUCAGGCAUAUCAGGCUCAUGGCAGAAUAUUUGGGCCCCAGGUACAAGUUUCAGACUCCACUCGCUUUUAUCCGGAGCUCUAUGAUGAUGGCAUAAGGGCAGCAGUUGCAGACUUUGGACUUACCUCAUGUAACUCAGUCGUCACAGAUAAGGUACACGUUAGAGGGACAUCAUAUGCAAACGGCAUGCUUGUGUUGCUGAGAUAUACCAAAGGGCAACUAGGGUUAGGGCAAAUAGCGAGCAUUUUCAUCAAAAGUGAAACAACUGCCCUGCUUUUGGUGUGGGAAAAAACUGCCAACUGGGUGCCUGAGCUUGGAGUCUAUGAAAUUUCUAAAAAUUGUUCAGAUAAGCUCAUUUGCAAAAAUCUUGAUGAGCUUAUUGAUUAUGUUCCACUUUCCUUUUACCACAGAGGUGCAAGAUUACUCAUCCCACUUAAGCAUAUGCCACUAUGGAGCAUGUGAAAGAAUUAGUUAAGAAAGCUCUGCCAUUGCUCAGCAGUGAUGUGAUUGACUCGCUCAUGGAUAGGCUCGAGAUCAUUCGAGUAAGUUGUGUAGAUGACCUUAACUUUGUGAGGACUGAGGACGUUGAUGGAAUUCUGCCACCCAUUCAAUGUAGAAGACUAAUUCAAGCUUUCACUGCUGCGGAUGUCAUUCAUUUUUGGUAAUGUAUGUUAUCCAGAGUCUCAAGCCAUACCUACUCCCACUGUGACACCUCUGCCACUGAAUGUUCAUCUCUCCCCAACAUUACCUCCAACACCUGAGCCCACUGAAAAUUCAUCAUCCUAUGCAACAUAUGCUGUACCAUGGAACAAAAUGUCCCCAAACCUCAUG